AUGUCCUGCUACGACCUGUGCGUUCCCCAUACUGGCAUCGCCUGCCCGCAGCCCCUCGCCGACAGCCGCAACGAGCUGUGUGCGCAGCAGUGCCCCGACUCGACGGCCCUCAUCCAGCUGCCCCCCGUGGUGGUCACCUUCCCCGGACCCAUCCUCAGCUCCUUCCCCCAGCAGUCCGUCGUGGGCUCGUCCGGAGCACCCGCCUUUGGUGGCCCCGUUGCUUCGGUGGGAUACGUCACCUCGGGAAGCCCGGCCACCUCCCCGUACAGCGCUGGCGCUGCUCUCGGCUAUGGAUCCAGGGCUUCUGCGCUUCCAGCGCUCCGUGGUGGGUACCACAUCCCGUCCACCGCCUGCCGGUACAGCCAGUUCCUCCGCGGAAGCUGCGGGCCAUGCUAACGGCAGCAGAAAAGCUACAGAGGAGCAGAGGGUGACAAGAAGGAAAGACUCAGAUUCAGAGCGGUGAGGAGGAGGAGUGCUGCCUUCCUGCAGCUCUGCAGCAGAGCACUUCGGGUCUUUCUGCUUUUUGUUUUC